UCCCUUCAUUUCAUCACACUUACAUGUCUCUGUUUUCACUUAGCUUCUUGGAGGAACUUUGACCGAACAAUUCACUUGAUAUUGAAGGAAAAGCUAUUUCGGCCAUUUAGAGAAACAGCGCAGAGACUUCAGGAAGACUUUUCUAGUUUUCUCACAUGGUGUUGUUGUGCCGCACGGCACUCCGAGAAUUAAGAGAAGUUUUUCCCUUUUUCUAAUUCUUUGUGAGAAUGAGAUUUGGGUCAAUUGGAGUUUUUGGGUUUAAUUGAUUUUUCGUUCAUUACUUUCCAUCUUUUCAUAAUGAAUUUUUUCUUGGUUCGUCUUAGCUUGUAAACGUAGACUUGUUAAGCCGAAUCUAAAUUAUCUAUAUUUACUAUUUUUUUUUAAUUUUUUUUUGGGGCUUAUUUGGUGAUCCUAAAAUCAAUUUUUGUCGCAACGCUAAUUGGGAAGGUUAACUUAAUAUCUUGGAGUUUGAAGGAGUAUCCCAUUAGCUGGCGCUAAGGCAGGUACAAGGCCGUGGGGCACUGGGGCUACGCCAAUACGGAUCCGGAGCUGAAUUUUUUGAAUGAGCUUGGUGUCUUUCUCGCUCACCCUCCGGCCAUUUGGUGUGAUAGCAUAGGCGCUACUUGUCUCUACGCCAAUAUCAUGUUGCAUUCGCACACCAAGCAGGUUAUUCAGAUCAUCUCAGCAAUCCUUAUAUUGGGAGUCGCAGAAUGUACAGUUAAGCUUUCGUCCACCUUGCAGUACCGGGCAAUAAAUUGUCGAAAGCACAGCGCAUUUUUGACGGAAUUUGGAGCUGUUGGCGAUGGAAAAACAUCAAACACCAAGGCUUUCAAGGCUGCAAUUGAUAGCCUCAGCAAGUAUGCAUCAGAUGGUGGGGCGCAGCUUAUUGUACCCCCAGGAAAAUGGUUAACUGGGAGCGUUAGUCUCACUAGCCAUUUUACUCUUUUUCUCCACAAGGAUGCUCUUAUUCUUGCAUCUCAGGAUGAAUCAGAAUGGCCUCAAAUUCCUCCAUUGCCUUCUUAUGGCAGAGCAUUUAGUGGACGGUUCCGCAGUCUUAUUUUUGGUACAAAUCUCACAGACGUCGUAAUCACCGGCAACAAUGGCACGAUUGAUGGCCAAGGUGUAACUUGGUGGACAAAGUAUAAUAGUGGCGGAUUCUUGAAUGUGAGCCGACCAGGCAUGAUUGAGCUUAUGUACUCUAAUCAAAUCCAGAUAUCUAAUCUUACACUAAUUAACUCUCCAUUCACGUUUGUCCAUCCAGUAUAUAGCAGUGAUAUACUAAUCCAAGGGCUGACGAUCCUUGCACCGAUUGACUCUCCUAACACUGAUGGGAUAGAGCCAGAUUCAUGCACAAACACUCGUAUUGAGGACUGCUUCAUAGCACCAGGGGAUGACUGCAUUUUCGUGAAAAGUGGUAUUGAUCAAUCUGGAAUUAGAUUUGGAAUGCCCACAAAGCAGCUUGUCAUCAGAAGGCUUACCUGCAUUUCACCUGACAAUGCUAUCAUUGCUCUAGGCAGUGAAAUGUCUGGUGGAAUUCAAGAUGUUAGAGCUGAAGACAUCACCGCCUUUAAUAUGCAAGCAGGUGUUAGAAUCAAGACUGCUAUCGGAAGAGGAGCUUAUGUGAAGGACAUUUAUGUAAGAAGAUUGACCUUGAAGACAGCCAAGUAUGUUUUCUGGAUGAUGGGUAAUUAUGAUAAGCACCCUGACAAUGGAUUAUUCGAUCCAAAAGCCCUUCCAAAGAUUCAUGGAAUUAAUUAUAGAGACGUGGUGGCAGAGAAUGUUACUUAUUCAGCAAGACUUAUAGGAAUCUCUAAUGAUCCUUUUACAGGAAUAUGCAUUUCUAAUGCGACUUUUACGUUGACUGCGAAGCCAAAGGAAUUGCAAUGGAACUGUACUAAUAUUGCGGGGGUGACAAGCAAUGUGACUCCUAAGCCGUGCAAUUUGUUGCCCGAGAAAAAAGGUGUUAAUUGUCACUUUCCUGAAGAUAAGCUGCCCAUUGAACAUGUUCGGUUGAAGAGAUGUUCUGCUACCACUCCCUAAUUCCUUCGUGUGAGACUGUAAUGUAUUUGGAAAUAACUCGGUUCUUUAAGAAAAUUGAACCAAAUGAAAGUGAUUUUCCAAUUUUUGUUU